UGGGUAGGAAGGUGAGCUCGGGCACGGUGCAGUGAAAGUGGUGGUGUCGGCGGGCAUACACGCCGCUCCUCCAUCAGUUAUUGUUUCAGUGACUUUUCCUACUCUUGAGGAGCGUCCUUUUACUCGCACUGAAGAACAGAUACCUCUCAUAAGUUAAGAGGAGUGCGUACUGUAGUGCAAGAGAAAAUAAGUUCGAACUCUAUAGAAUUAAGCCUUUAGGAAAAGCCCCCCUGAAAUAAACGACCGAAUUGCAAGUGUGACCCGAGGUAUUCCCCACGACGCCGUCAGGAGAGGAAGGAUACAAAGCAAUGACUUCGAGGGUUCAAGAAAGUCCCUUUCGGGAAACCGAAUGGGACCAGCGGCUCGAUCGAAUGUUGGACGACCUCAAAACGACUGUUGGCGGCGAAGCAGAGCUCAUCUCCCCCGACGUGAGAUCUGACUCCACCCUCGUGUCCUCCUUCAGAGCCCACACACCCCUCGACGACAGACCGGAUGUCAACUUCUUGGAGAUAUUCAGGAGCACAUCACGAAACGAAGGGCGGAGUUCUUCGCGCGGAGGAUCAAGAAGCGGAAGUGCCCUUGGCGGAGGAGGAGUAGGAGUGGAGGACGGAGGUCACAUGAAGCACUCCAGGAGAGAGUACAGAUCUCCAGACAGCAACACUCACGUCGUGACUGAGAAGUACGAGUACGAUACCGGGGACUCCAGCAAGACAAAUCACUACCAGAAGAAAGUGAUCAAGUCCACCUACUCCACUUUCAACUCCAUGAGUGCUGGAAGCCUGGAAGACCCUCCCCACCUCACCAAAGGACCAGAGUCUCCACCCCAGCACUCGCAGCCAAUCAACACUAAAGUGAUCUCUGCCUCCCAGAAAGUUGCAAACAGACUGGUAGAUGCCCUGGCCACCAUAGGUGGGGAGGAAGGCUAUGUUCCAACUGUUGAUUCCAGCGACACAGACACACUGGCAACAGAUACCAUGAAAACAUCUAAAACCGUCGGAUCCGAUUACUCAACGCUUGGCAGGUUGCGGAAGAACAUCAAUGAACUUGACUCUUUGAUCGAUUCGCUAGACGAGUCCGAGCAGCAGCAACAGCAGCACCACAAUGCUGAGCCACCCCCUCCUGUUGAGGUUCUUAAUUCUGCACCGCCGGAGCCCUUUGAAAACAUCGAACACGACGUACCAUUAGUUCUAGAAGCCUCUGAGCUUCCUCCAGAUGACGACGAAGAAAUCCCCGGCCAUGCAGUCACCGAUGAUCCGUCCGUUGUAUUGACUCUGGCUGCCGCUGAAGCUCAUUCUCGUACCGUUAGCUCUACGACUCAAAUUUGCACUCACUCUCACGCUGGUGGUACUACUGUCCAACAGCAUCCAGUGGUGAACCGUAGCACAGCCCCAUCAAACACAAUGGCCAACGGAUCCCUCAGGUCUACUGACAGCAGUAAAUAUGAUCCUGUCUACAGUGGUGACGAUGAGAUGAUUGACGACUCCAAAAGUGGGGAAGUUCGUCGGAUUGUUUGGCGCAACAGAUUUGAGAAGACCUACGAAACUCAGGAUUCUAGCAAGCCUCCAGUGGUGAGUAUAGAAGAUGAAGCGAGACGCCGCCAGUUGCUCCAGAAGCAGCAUAUCACUUCUACUUCCACCUCCACAUCUACCUUGUCCUCUCCUCCACAGCGUGGGCCGGUGUCGCCUCGCCUGCCGCAGCUGCAGUGUGCAGUGUACUGGCCUGGCAUGGGCGUUCCUCCCAAUGUGUCUCCAGGCGGACAGUCAUGGAAAGAACCAAUUCCUCUUCCAACUCCACCCCAACUGUCUCCCAGGGAACCAGGAGUUGCUUACAUCUAUACUUAUGGGAAUACUAGUGGAACAGGUGUUCAGCCUCUACCUCCACUCAACUAUGUAUCAGUUCCCGGACCAUCCUCUGUGCCACCAAGUGAGGGUGCACCUUCGCCAACUCCAUCGCAGCUUCAAGGACAGCCGAUUAUUUACCACUACUCUUAUCACUAUACUAUUCAGCCUGGCCAGCCUUUGCCUGACGGAGCACCACCGCCACCCCCAGGAAUGGUUCUACCUGGAUCUCCACCAGCUCUUCAGGUAGCACCAUCAAGCCAGCCCCUGCCAUCACAACCUGCACAGCCUGUGACAACACAUCUCACCCAGACCAGCCAGCCAGUUCGUCCCAGCCAACCAGCUCAUCCCAGUCACCCAGCUCAUCCCGGUCACCCAGCUCAACCAACUCAGCCAGAUCAGCCUUCAACUGUAGUCAAUUACAGCUUACAUAAACACACAACUCGAACGAGCACCUCUACAGUUAACCAGAGAGAUACAACAAACAUUAUUCAUCCAGGGGGAUACCCGGGGGGUGUUGGGCCCGGUGGGCCAGGGUCUCCACACAGUCCUGGAAGUCCUCACGGGCCAAGUGGCCCUCACAGUCCAGCUGAACCCUAUGGUUCAAUCAGUCCAAAGGACAAAGAUGGCCCUGACAGUCCAAAUUAUCCAAGCAAACCUCACGGUCCUGAUUAUGGUCCAGGUAGUCCUAAUGGACCAACAGAUCCUGGACAAGGACAUCCUGGAAGUAUUUCUAUUACAGUCAAUAAAACUACGACUCGAACUACACAUCAUGCAGGUUAUCCAGGUGAACCAGGAAGGCCAUACAGUCCCAGUGAUGUACCUCCAGUCACUUCUACACCUUACCCAAGCAGGGGUCGCUCAGUCUCACCAGAAAGACCUCCAGUGACUAAUGCACCGCAUCACAUCACAUAUGUGACCAACAUAAGGUCAACCCAUUCAGACUCACUAGAACGCGUCAGAAGGCCAAGGAAUGAUACUCUUCCUUUCCCAGACACUUCUCCAAUAAAGCCAGGCGGUGAUGGCAAGAUUCCUCGCCGUGUUGAUGAUCUCAUGACGUCCUUCUCAGAUUCUGAGCAUUACAUUAGGAGCUCUGUGAAUGAAAUGACCUUAAGAAAACAUUCCCCAAUUCCAAGGAAAGACAAGGAUGGUCCAGGUAAUGGGCCGACUCCAAGAGGCCCACGACGUGAUCCUGCAGAUGAGGAACCGCUCCUACCGCAAAACAAUCAGAUCGCGGUGAGGGCAGAGGCGGACGCCAAGGCUGCAGCAGAGGCCACUCCAAAGAGGGAACUCACCAAGAAUAAAGCUGGACCACCUGUGUAUUAUCCUCCUGGACAUGAACUCUUCCACGAAACAAUGCACACAAUGACCCUGAAAGAGAGCGGUCGUAGAGGUAAGGCCAAGUGGAGAAUGGAACGUGCUUCUGGUUACAAGGAGAGCUCUUCACACUCUGAGACCAAAGGAGGGAUGACUAUGGUGCCUGUGUGUCUACCUCUGUGCUGUGGCGCUGCCUGUGUUGUCAUGUAAAAACGUUUUUGAGAUGAGAACGAAGGUCUUUCAGGUACACAUAACCUCAGUCUCUGAUUGGACGUGGAUUGCUCAUUCGUUGCAAUGCCAUUCUUCCCAGCAUAACCUGCGGCAUGAUAAAUGGAGAAAAUGGGUCUAGAAGGAUUCAAGACUGUAAGGACCUGUUAGCUGUAUAUUUCCACUUGCGGCUUAUUUCAUCGUCCAGCAUUUAUUUGCAGAAGAGUUUCAUAUGCAUAACUGGGAUACCAGAGUCAGUGAUUGCCCAGAAUGUAUGGAAACAGAGCAAUUCUUUCAAUGAAGGUAGUGAGAUGACAAUUACACUAAGUGGACUCCAUACUCACAACCGCCAUGUUACUGUGUUCAUGUCUGACCACUACAGAGCAACCUACUUGUUACAUGUGGAGUAGGCUGGCUGUUUGUAGGGUUAAAGUGUGCUGAUAUAUCUAUAUGAGAAAAUAAUAUAUAUAUGAAUACACAUAAAUGUAUGUGUAUGCAUUGAUAUUCAAACACGUAUGCGUAUUUGUAUAUAUAUGUAUACUAUAUUUGUGUGUAUAUACUUACAAUUACAUAAUUUACUUGAAAAGAGGUUAUUCUGUGACGUUAGUUUUAAUACGCUCUUAUAUCUAUGCAACGAUUCAUUUAGUCCUUACAACAAGUCAGUCAAUAGUUCGUAUCCAAGCUAAAGCAACAUGAAUUAGGUGCAGGUCCUCAUACACAUAACACGACAACCCUUCUGUUCAAGCUUCAUUAAGUGUAGGAAAGAUUUGCCAUGAUCCCAGAGACACCUUAAGGUGAAUUUGUGUAUUUUUUGAUAUGACGAAUGAUACUGUUUAUGGCUUUGCUUGUACAUUUCACGGAUCUUAACAUAGCCUUUUUGUUUAUAUGUAGACAUAGAGUUGCAUACAUAUUUAAAGAAGAAAAGAAGUUAGGUUUAUUGUCCAUAGACUAUAAUAAUGAUACUGGUGGAAUGAGAAUCUCACCAUUCGAUCAUAUUUUUCCCCGCUAAAUGUGAUGCUGAGUGGCUGCUAUGAUACAUAUACUAUGUGCAUUAAUAACAGUAAAAAUAUA